UUAGAAAUUAGAAAUUCCCUCCAACUUUGAAGCCUGUUUCACAUAUAGGGUUUCUCCGGGGUUUCCCUGUUCGCAUUCAGCAUCACAAGCAUGGCAUCAUCAUCCUCCACCAACAGCGCAAACUACGACGUGCCGUGGGUUGAGAAGUACCGUCCCAGCAAGGUCGUCGACAUCGUCGGCAAUGAAGACGCCGUCUCCCGUCUUCAAGUCAUCGCUCGUGACGGCAACAUGCCCAACCUCAUUUUAUCAGGUCCUCCUGGAACUGGAAAAACCACUAGUAUACUCGCCCUUGCGCACGAGCUUCUCGGUCCUAAUUAUAGAGAAGCUGUUCUUGAACUAAAUGCAUCAGAUGAUAGAGGAAUAGAUGUUGUGAGGAACAAGAUCAAGAUGUUUGCUCAAAAGAAAGUAACACUUCCUCCGGGGAGACACAAAGUUGUUAUACUCGACGAAGCUGACAGUAUGACAUCUGGAGCACAACAAGCUUUAAGAAGGACGAUGGAGAUAUAUUCUAAUUCUACUCGUUUCGCGCUUGCUUGUAAUACAUCGGCUAAGAUUAUUGAGCCAAUUCAGAGUAGGUGUGCAAUUGUGAGAUUUUCAAGACUAUCUGAUCAAGAGAUACUUGGUCGUCUCAUGGUCGUGGUUCAAGCUGAGAAGGUUCCCUACGUCCCUGAAGGACUCGAGGCUAUCAUUUUCACUGCUGAUGGUGAUAUGAGACAGGGAUUGAACAACUUGCAAGCAACAUACAGUGGGUUUCAGUUUGUAAACCAAGCAAAUGUUUUCAAGGUUUGUGACCAGCCACACCCACUGCAUGUGAAGAAUAUGGUGCGCAAUGUAAUUGAAGGGAAUUUCGAUGAGGCUUGUUCCGGCCUCAAGCAAUUGUAUGACUUGGGAUAUUCGCCUACAGAUAUCAUCACCACACUUUUUCGUAUCAUAAAAAGUUAUGAUAUGGCAGAGUACUUGAAAUUAGAAUUCAUGAAGGAAACUGGAUUUGCUCAUAUGAGGAUUUGUGACGGAGUUGGUUCUUAUCUUCAGAUGUGUGGUCUACUGGCCAAGUUUUCUCUAGUUCGCGAAACUGCUAAAGCUCCAUGAGUAGGUCUUAUGUGCAACUGAUCCACGUCUCUAUUUUCGCUUUUAAGAUAGUGAGAAUGCAGUAUUGAUGAAGCAAGUAAAUUUUAACUUCUGAUAUUUACAUGCUGACUAAUAUAUUAAUGCUUCUACUUCUAAAAAUGGUUUAUGUUUGCUAGGCUCAAUGUCACUUUUCCUAUAUUAGUUAUCAUAUCGUUCUAAUUCAUAA